AUGCAGAUCCUAGGGUUUAAGCCUUAUCACUCUUACGAAUGCCUGUUUGUGCAUGGUGUGCCUCAUAUGGAGGUCGAAUAUGAAGCAGUAAUGGCACAGCACAACCGCUUCUCCGGCAUCAAGCGAUAUGACAAGGCGGAUUUCGAGAAAUGGUUUGCCGAAUAUGAUUGCUUGGUUGAAGUCCCCAGUUUCUUCGGAAUGGCAGUGCUCAGCGCCUACGCGGAUGAUCCAAGCGUAAAGUUCAUUCUGACAGAAAGAGAACCCGAGAAAUGGGUUGCCUCUUUCAAUAACACUGCAGGUACCUUGAUGAAGAUGGCCGAUAGCUUUCCACUUGUCAUUCUCCGACAUUUUGAUGGCCCGCUGAACCUGUUCUUGAAGCUUAACCAAACUAUCUGCUGGGCACUUUCCGACAAGACGAAUCCCGGGGAGCCUGAUAAUGCACUGGCAAUGCGGAGGAACUAUGUCGAGUAUAUUGAGAUGGCGAAGAGAAUCAUCCCAGCCGACCGUCUCUGCCACAUCAAGCUCGAAGAUGGACUCGGCUGGGAGCAAAUCUGUCCGUUCCUUGAUAUGCCAAUUCCCGAUCAGGAAUAUCCCGAUCGCAAUGAGCCUGCGAAAUUCCAGGCUAUUGUUGCUGGGUUCAUUCAGCCGAUGGUGACCAGAGCGAUGGUUAGAUUCGUCACCGUUGCAGUUCCUACCAUUGGAGUCAUCGCAUGGGCAGCUGUGAAAUAUGGGCCGACAGUCGCUGCUGUAAAGAAGAUCUAA